AUGAUCAAUUUCCCAACCAUCCCUCGCCCCCAUGUGGGUAUCCCCUCACUCUCUACGGAGUAUGAAGUGCCUGAGGCAACAGCAUACCCAGAGUAUGAUGAGCUAGGAGACUUUAAUUGUCAAAUUAAAAUCCACCGCCUUUCCAUUAUAAUAGUUGUCUCCUGUGGGUCUCUUCCCUCUAUUUCCAAUGGGUCACCUGGUACUCCGACAAGUACAACAUUUGGAGGAACAGUGACAUACAGCUGUAAUACUGGUUACGUACUGUCAGGAUCAGCUACAGUGAACUGUGAGGCUAGCGGAGGUUGGAGUACUAGACCGACUUGUGACAUUGUCUCCUGUGGGUCUCUUCCUUCUAUUUCUAAUGGGUCACCUGGUACUCCAACAAGUACAACAUUUGGAGGAACAGGGACGUACAGCUGUAAUACUGGUUACGUACUGUCAGGAUCAGCUACAGUGACCUGUGAGGCUAGUGGAGGUUGGAGUACUAGACCGACUUGUGAAAUCGUCUCCUGUGGGUCUCUUCCCUCUAUUUCCAAUGGAUCACCUGGUGCUCCAACAAGUACAACAUUUGGAGGGACAGGGACGUACAGCUGUAAUACUGGUUACGUACUGUCAGGAUCAGCUAUAGUGAACUGUGAGGCUAGCGGAGGUUGGAGUACUAGACCAACUUGUGAAGUCAUUUCCUGUGGAUCUCUUCCCUCUAUUUCCAAUGGGUCACCUGGUACACCAACAAGUACAACAUUUGGAGGGACAGGGACGUACAGCUGUAAUACUGGUUACAUACUGUCAGGAUCAGCUACAGUGAACUGUGAGGCUAGCGGAGGUUGGAGUACUAGACCAACUUGUGAAAGUGAGCAAUGAGUAGCUAGGAGACUUUAAUUGUCA